AUGCUGUGCCUCAGCUCCCUGUCAAUACUCCUCCUCCUGCUUCUCAUCCUCCCCCCUCCACUGGCUGCCCAGGAGGUGCAAGUACGUCUAGCAGGCGUGGGCCGUCGCAGUGCAAAUGAGGGACGUGUGGAGGUGUUCUACAAUGGUGCAUGGGGCACAGUGUGUGACGACGAGGUGGACCUCAACCUUGCAAACGUUGUGUGCAAACAGCUGGGCUUCCCAAGAGGCCUAACCUGGGCGCACAGUGCCAAAUUUGGAGAAGGACAAGGUCUGAUCUGGUUGGACAAUGUGCGCUGCAAAGGCACAGAGCUCUCUAUCGCAGACUGUCGCUCCAAUGGUUGGGGAAUCAAUGACUGCACCCACUCUGAGGACCUGGGGGUCAUUUGCGCUCCACAUAGGAGAAAUGGCAACCCCUCAGAGCCAGCUCCUUCUUCCUCAAGGCAGCACUCAAGAGCACAGUCUGUGUCUCCUCCAGGUCCUCCUCCAGCUCCAGCCCACAUCGCCUCUCUUGCAAGAGGCCAUGAGAUCGCCAUCAAUCGCAACCCAACUUCUUCCCGUCGGGGCCUUUUAUCCCCGCAGGAAAACGGCCACGAGAUCCAGAUCCUGCGGAGAAAUCGAGGCGGAUCACGGCCAGGCUUGCAGGCCAGCUUAGCUUCACCACAGGGGCACCAGUUACCUUCACAUCUGGCAAACAGUGCAGCCUACAGGCAGAGGCUGGAGGCAGCGAGGACCAGUCCACAGGCAGUGAGGAGAGAGGCAGAGGUAGACCGGCAGCGCCAAACCCAGAGGGGCGACAGGCAACAGCAGAUCAGUGGGAACCAUGUUGAACCAGAGCCUGUUUAUCCAGACAUGGGACUGGAUACUGAAGCACAGUACACACAGGGAUCUGUUCACUUAGAGGAAGCUCGUCUCAGACCUGUGCUGACCGGCAACAAUGGCGGCCUGGUUGCAGAGGGAGUCUUGGAAGUGAAGCAUGCUGGGAGGUGGCGUCAUGUGUGUGACAAUGGCUGGGACCUCAGUAGCAGCCGUGUCGUCUGUGGCAUGUUAGGAUUCCCUUCUGCUGAAGCGUUUGACCAGAACGCCUACAGGAAACUGUGGGACUCCAAGUUAGCAGACCCAUCCGCCAGGCUGAGGACACAAAUCACUAAGAAGGCCUACUGGGUGGAGAAGGUGCAGUGUCAGGGCGUGGAGGCCUCUCUGUCGCAGUGUCAGGCACAGCUCUCAUUGCCCAGGAGUGAUGUCCCAUGCAGGGGAGGCAUGCAUGCCGUGGUCCGCUGCGUCCCUGGAUCCCAGUUUGCACGUUACGGCAGAGCACCUGCACCACCAGCUGUCGCUCCCGUUGUGCGUCUGAAGGCCGGGCCCCGGCUCGGAGAGGGCCGUGUUGAGGUGCUGAAGGAGGGGAAGUGGGGCACAGUGUGUGACCACCUGUGGGACAUUGCUGCAGCCAGCGUGGUCUGCAGAGAGCUUGGCUUUGGAUCAGCCAAAGAAGCCCUCACCAAGGCCCAGCUGGGACAGGGUACUGGUCCCAUCCACAUGAACAGCGUACAGUGUACAGGCAGGGAGAGGUCUGUCACAGAUUGUCACUUCAGACCCGUUCCACUUUACACCUGCAAACACACCCAGGAUGUGGCAGUCCGCUGCAAUGUGCCCAACACUGGCCUGCAAGCAACAGUUCGUCUGGCAGGAGGCAGAGAGCCAUCAGAGGGCCGUGUGGAGGUGCUGAUGGAUGUUGGAGGGGCGAGACGUUGGGGAUCCGUCUGCAGUGAGAACUGGGGCAUCAACGAGGCCAUGGCGGUCUGCAGACAGCUUGGCUUGGGCUUUGCUGCAAGGGCUCAUCAGGAGACCUGGUACUGGCCUGGUUCUUCAGAUGCAAGUGAGGUGGUUCUGAGUGGAACUCAUUGUAUCGGUACUGAGAUGUCCAUCCAGCAGUGUCGCAGGAACACAAAUGUGUACUGUCCCAGAGGAGGAGAUGGCAGAGCUGCAGGAGUCACAUGCGUAGAAACUGCUCCUGACCUUGUUCUGGACGCACAGCUCGUCCAAGAGACAGCCUACCUGGAGGACCGACCCCUGCACCUGCUGACCUGCGCUAACGAAGAGAACUGCCUGUCCUCCUCUGCAGCCAGGAUGAACUGGCCCUACGGACACCGCCGCCUGCUGCGCUUCUCCUCCCGUAUCAUGAACAUGGGCCGUGCAGACUUCAGGCCCCGGGCCACCAGAGAAAGCUGGACAUGGCACCAGUGUCACAGACACUACCACAGCAUUGAGGUGUUCACCCACUAUGAUCUGCUGACCCUCAAUGGGACCAAGGUGGCUGAGGGUCAUAAAGCCAGCUUCUGUUUAGAGGACACCUACUGCCCUGAAGGUAUCAGCAAACGUUACGCCUGCUACAACAUGGGACAACAGGGAAUCUCUGUUGGCUGCUGGGACACCUACCGCCAUGACAUUGACUGUCAGUGGAUCGAUAUUACAGACAUUCGUCCUGGUGAAUACAUCUUCCAGGUGGAAGUCAAUCCUUCCUUAGACAUGGCUGAGUCUGACUUCCAGAACAACGUGAUGCGUUGUCGCUGCAAGUACGACGGAGCACGAGUUUACAUGUUCGGAUGCCAUGCAGGUGACGCUUACAGUGCCGAGGCUGAGGACCUGUUUGACCAUCAACGUCAGAUCUCCAACAACUUCCUGUGAAUUAAGGAACAAGCAGAUUAAAGGACAAAACAACUGAACAACUCCUCAGCACACCUCAUCAUGUCAUGGGAAGAAGGGUGAAUGACAACGACGUGCCAGUGACUUGAGAGACGGGGGUCAGAAGUUGGGAGGCUGGGAUUCAGGGACUUCAUACCAUCCCCUGACUUGUCAUCUGUAUUGACUGUUUCUGUUAGAUAGUCAAAAAAAAGUCACCGGAAGAGGAGAAAGAGAGGGAAAAAAUUGAAAAAUAAAAAACUAAGUUGGCCUUUAAAGCAUCAUGUCACAAUGAUAAAACAUAGAGUUAGUUUACAAAUUGAAAAAUGUGUCUUGAAUUGUGUAACAAGUUUAUUUACCUUGAUCAAAACAUAACCACGGUUUAGACAGUAAUGACAUGAAGGCACAUGAGAAGGAAACAUCCUUUACUUUUACAGUGCAUCACCAAUCUGUCGUCCAUGUAAGACCAGCUGAUAACAGACUCUGUACAUGCUUCCUGUGCUUUCGUUGUUCAUAUUACAAAUGCAGUAUUUCCUGUUACGACUGUGUGCUUUCUGGUUUGAAUGGUGAUUUUUUUUUUAUUUCAUGGUGCUAUUUUGCCUUAUUUGAAUAAAUAUUGUAAUGUAUUGCAAAUGUAUUGCCAUGUACAGUUUUAUAUUACCUCUCUGGAAUAUUGUGCUUUAGGUCUAAUUUAUGCAGAAUUUAAAUGUACUUUGAGUUGAAACGUGUGCCUGUGUGGCUUUGUUUUGUAUUGUCACUUUUAAUAAUGAACAAUAUUUUCACUUGUUUGUUCUUUACCUGUUUACCAUCAGUAACAUCAGAAGAGAUCUGGGUGUACCACCUCAAUGCGCCUUAAACAGAACCUGGUAAUGGUAGUGAAAGAAUAAACGUCAGAUUGACAAA